AUGGCUUCUCAGGUGUCCAAAGGCUUUAUUCUUUCACCCACGGCGGCACAAUUUGCGGACCCAAUUGCCUAUCUUUCCUGUCCGGAAGUUAUUAGGGCCGGCCAAGAGUAUGGAAUUUUGAAGGUGAUCCCUCCUAAGGGAUGGAACCCACCUCUCUCGGUCGACCCCGAAAGGUUCAGUUUUAUCACACGGAUGCAGAAACUCAGCGAGCUGAAUAUGAGGAACAGAUCUAGAGAAUUUUGGUUGCAGGGGUUCUCGAAUUAUAUGAAGAUGCGGAAGAAGAAGGUGCCCAAUGAGAAGGGUAUGGUACGUCUUUUGAAUGGUGAGUCCAUACACCUGUACGACAUUUUUGUGGAUGACGAUCCCAGAAGAUUCGAAGAAGAUCUAGAAGACAAUCGAAUGGUGAAGCUUGUAUUGGACUACAAAGCGGUACUGAACAACUCCGGCAAAAAGGCCUCGAGCAAUAGCGACUCGCGGAAGAGAAGCACUGCAUGUGAGGUUUGUCACUCCAAGGAAAGACAACAUAGAUUGCUUCUUUGCGAUGGAAAAGAUUGUGAUAAGAUGUACCAUCUGGACUGUUUGAGUCCUCAGCUGACAUCCGUACCCAAAGGCCUAUGGUUCUGCGAAGAUUGUAUUCUGGGUGGUUCGCACGAGUAUGGUUUUGAGGAGGACAUGGAUUCUGUUUUCACCUUGUCUGAGUUCCAGGAGCAUUGCAAGGAGUUUGAGGAUGAGUAUGUGAAGAAAAAAUGGCAGAAUGAGAGAUAUGGCCCGUCUAUCCAUCAGUUAGAGGGCGAAUUCUGGAGAUUGGUGGAAUCCCAGGAUGACCUCGAGGUGAGAUAUGGUGCAGACAUUCACCAAGAUGAUCCGUCCCAGAUCUCGGGAUUUCCCAUACGAAAAAACCCCGAUAUUGAUGUGGAGAAUUCAAAGUAUUCCCCGUAUCUGGACCAUCCUUUCAAUCUAUGCAACCUACCAUUUUCGAAUGGUUCCGUCUUCAAUUACAUCAAGGACGAGGAGAUAUCGGGCAUGACCGUUCCUUGGAUCUAUGUGGGGUCGCUAUUUUCCACGUUUUGCUGGCACAAAGAAGACCAUUAUACCCUUUCGGCCAAUUAUUGCCAUGCUGGUGCCACGAAGAAAUGGUACGGGGUUCCUGCCAAACACAGUGACGCCUUUGAAAAGGCAUUCAGAAGCAUAGCACCCGCUUAUUUCCAAAGACAACCGGACUUGCUGCACCAGCUGGUUACUCUGAUUUCUCCGGAUGAGAUUAUCAAGACUGCACGUGAGAAGUUUGGCGAGGAGAUCGAGAUCACCACCUUGAACCAGCAGGCUAAUGAGUUUAUAGUCACGUUCCCCAAAGUUUACCAUGCUGGUUUCAAUUGUGGCUACAACUUCAACGAGGCCGUUAACUUUAUCACGUCUGAUUGGUUGAAAUAUGGUUACGAUGCUCUCCAAGAGUAUAAGACCAUUGGCAAGGAGAACGUGUUCAACCACUGGAAACUGCUGGAGAGGAUCCUCAAUGAUGCCCUACAUACUCCGGAUGAUGUCCUUAUUUCCAAGCUGGAGGAUAAAAGGUUUGCCACGCUCUUGGAAUGGACCACCAAGAACUUCAAAGAAGAGUAUGCGAAGAUCAACAAGUGCAUAUUCGAGGACGAAAAGAUGUCGAGAGUGGUAGACGGGAUCACGGAUGUGAAGUUUGCAGAUUUGUUGACUACCGAAACAGUUGAUGAUAGUCCCAGAAGAAUACGAAGAAGAAUGACUCGGAUGGCUAUGGCUGGUUCCAAGGGCCAUUCCGACGAACUGCUGUGUCACGAGUGCAAGACAGCACUUGGCUUUGUGUGGUUUGAGGUUGAUCCUUCCAAGGCGGUGAAGCAGGAGCAAUUACCUACACCCAAGACUACUCCUGUCUUGAACUCGGAAUCUAAGAGUUUUGAGGACAUCAAUAUGGAUCGCGAGACUGAGUUCCAGAGGAUCAUAGAGGAAGCCAAGAGAGAAGACAGUCUUGAGGCCGGGGAAGAUCGCCGAAAGCUCAGAAGAGUUGCUCGUUCAAAAGACGACAACAAUUCAGUUCCUCGUCCGGUUGGUCGGCCCCGCAAGAACAAAGACAUUCCCAGGCUAUUAUGUGUGAAUGACUUCAAGAAACUACAGGCUUUGAAAGUGUUUCUGAGCUCGGGUGAUCUGGACGCUGCCAAAUUUGAGCAGUUGAACAAAUCCACGACGGUGUACUACGACAAAUUUGUUCUUGCUAUGACCAGAAUACAGGAAAAAUUAGGCAAACUCCUGUAA